AAGUCUUUUUAUUUUUAAACAUAGACAUGUCAAGUUUAUAACUUGGCUACAUUUGGUUGAAAAGUGAGUUAAAAAAAGACAGACUGUUACCUGGUCACACAUAAAGGACACCAUUAUAUACAUAUUAUAGAUGUAUCUUCAUUGCAUGUAUCUGUAUGAGAUUGUCCUUCUAAUAUUGCAAGAUUUCCCACAGCCUAUCAGCAUUAUGUUGUCGAUGGACUCGCAAUAUUAUGCUUUUUGCAAAUUAAUAUACACAGUUUUAGCAAUUUAACCCCUGUCAUCUGCAAUGUGUCGUUUCUUCCGAUACUUUCGGUAUUUUUAGCAGUCAGUGUUUGACUUCAUUAACCUUUUGAAUGCAGUAGGCUAUUUUCUUUUUUUUAAUGGGAGUAUUUCGACACUGUGGUGUUGCUAUUUUAGGAUUUGAGUGUCAUACUACUUCCAACCGUGUCGGCUAAAUCCAACCCAGACACGCGCAUACAUAACGUUACCGGAAGCAUCGUGCGUGCGUAUUAAACGUUAACCGAGUCCGGUGAUCGUGUUUAAAAAAAACCAACCAAAAUAACAUUAGCCGAAUACUUCCCUCUGUGUGUGUACUGCACUGAGCCUGCAGCAGCACCCAGAAGUGAACAAAGCGACCCGGAAGCGGUGGUCCGACUGGAAGCAGACAGAAAGAACAUCAACCUUUUAUAUUAUAGCUGUAGCCUACACUCGCAAGACAAUAUCUGCAACCGGGACGCCAGGAUGGCAGAGCCUCGAUUUAACAACCCAUAUUUCUGGCCGCCCCCUCCAUCCAUGCCAGGCCAGCUGGAUAACCUGGUGCUCAUUAACAAGAUCAAGGAGCAGCUGAUGGCUGAGAAGAUCCGACCCCUGCACCUGCCGCCUACCUCAACCCCAUCCCAGCAGUCUUUGCUGGUGCCCACCUCGUCCCCGGACGGCAGCGCUCAGCACGGCAUGUCGUUGCCGAAGUCCCAGUCCCAGCAGGUGCAGGGCCACCACCCGCAGCCGCAGGGCUCCGGGCAACCGGACAUUGCUCUCCACGCUCGCUCCGCCUCCAGCUCUGGGCCAGAUGGAAAUAUGGACGACAAGUCGUCAGUGAAGGCCAAAGGACUGUGGGAAGACUGGCACAUGAGACAGCUCAACGAGCAACAGGGCCGGAUCAACCAUCGCUCAGGUUUGUCUCCUUUAUCCCGACCGGACAGCCACAGCACCUCAGAGGCCCUGACCCCCACGACUCCAACCUCCAGCAGCCAGAUCCGCCUGGGCGGGGCCCCCUCUGUGCACAUCAUCUCUGGGCUGGCCAGCGGUCCCGGCAUGGACCACAUGAAAAUCGGAGGCCUGGCUGGCCUGUUGGGCCCCCCACCCAAGGCAGCCCGCGGACGGAAGAAGAUCAAGGCUGAAAACCAGACCGGCCCUCUGCUGGUGGUGCCCUACCCCAUCCUGGCUGACCAAGGCUAUGGCACUGUGGCACCCAAAGAGGGGAAAAUCUACAGAUGUAAAUUGUGCCCGCUCACCUUCUUAACAAAGUCUGAGAUGCAGUUCCACUCCAAGUCCCACACGGAGGCCAAACCACACAAGUGUCCCCACUGCUCCAAGACAUUCGCCAACGCCUCCUACCUGUCCCAGCACCUGCGCAUCCACCUGGGGAUCAAACCCUACCACUGCUCCUACUGCGAAAACUCAUUCCGCCAGCUGUCACACCUGCAGCAGCACACCAGAAUCCACACAGGCGAUAGGCCUUAUAAAUGUGCUCACCCCGGAUGUGAAAAGGCUUUUACCCAGCUGUCUAACCUCCAGUCUCACCAGAGGCAGCACAACAAAGACAAGCCGUAUAAAUGUCCAAACUGCUACCGUGCCUACUCCGACUCGGCAUCGUUGCAGAUCCAUAUGUCAGCGCACGCCAUCAAAAACGCUAAAGCCUACUGCUGUAGCAUGUGUGGCCGGGCGUACACUUCAGAGACCUACCUAAUGAAGCACAUGUCCAAACACACGGUGGUGGAGCACCUAGUGAGCCACCAGUCGCCUCAGAGGAACGAUUCCCCCAGCAUCCCCAUACGCAUCUCCCUCAUCUGAGCUCCCGGCCGCUCAGCAGCAGGUUGGAUUCAAAGUCUAUGUUAGGCUGGAGCUCACGAGGCCCUGCACCCACUGCCAUCUACAUCAGGCUUACAUUAGCAUUAUGACAGCUGGCAUAAGCAUUCAGUGCUAGAUUCAGUAAACAGACUGCCUCCAUCCAUCUCGACACAGGCCGUCCGUCAAAAAUGAGCACAGCGUUAUUUUGUGAAUGUAAAAAUACAGCUAGAUGUUGCCCGGAGGAUCGAGUGGCAAAGAAUGUCUUGCGUCAGAUUUAAUAAGCACUUUCGUAAGCGUCAUGUAAACUGCCGGAUGCAUUGGCCAUCAGAAAUGUUUUUCGUUAGACUUUUACAUUUUUUUUCCUCUUCCAUGAAAUGGGUUUUCCAAAAUGUGCCAGAUGAUAUUUGCCCUUAUAAAGAAUUGAGAAAAUAUGAAAAAAUGUUUGCUGGGUGUGUUCUGGAGACAUCCAAAGAUAAUCUUAAAGCACUUUUAGGCCUUGUGGUUUGGGCUCAAAUUGUUUCAAUCUUGUUGGAUGGGAAAUGCCAAAGGGCAUUAUGUGUGGCAGCUAAGAAUACUGUCUGUGUAUAAAUAAGUCUUUUUCUAUUACUUUUUUGUGUGUUUUUACUCAGUUUGUGAAACAUUUACAGGGUCAUCUAUCUAAAUUUGAAGAAAGGCAAUCGCUAGAUGACAAUUUAAACAUUUAAUGAUUGUAUUAAGAAGUUGCAUUAUUGACUUGCGAAGGCAAAAAGUAGAGCAACUUGAAAGGGAAGAAGGAUGAAUGUUUUUUUCCCCCCCAAAAUCUCUCACUCCAUAUUUGACAUUCACCUUAACGGCACCUUUAUGAUCAUAACAUGUGAUCAAAGAAACACUGUUUUUGACAUUAUGUUUCCCUGACGUCCCAUUAACCUGUGCCAUAUAUGAACCUUAUUUAGGUUUUAAAAGAAAGCGAAUCUUGCCAUAGCGUGUGUGCUUUCUCUAGUCAGUAUUAGAAGUUGAAUGCAUUGCACAUGUGUCCGUGCCGGCUCUCCUCUGCUCAUCCCUUCUUUCAAACACACUUCAGCUCAAAUCUGUUAUCCUAGCCCGGUGGUAACAUUUAAACUCAAACGUUGGACCAAAAUGUGAAGUUAUGUACAGCUACUCUGACCCAGUUAAGUAUUUUUUUAAACUUUAAUAAGCUUUACCCAUUUGAAAUAAACUGCAGUCCAAGUCAUAUUCCAUAGGCCUAUGUUUUGAGUUUGUGUGGAGGUGAUGCUUCUCCUUUUGAAUUGUUUUUCUCCUUUGUAUUCUUUGUAUUGUACACAGUAUUGUUUGUUGUAUUUUUACUGUAACGUUAACCUCUGGAUGGUACUCAUAGAGUACCCUGUAUUCUUCAGGGCACUUCAGAAAAGGUGCUACGGCUAGACAGUACGCUUGAGAUGGAACUGAGAAGGAUGUAAAAUACAUAUACAGUAUAUAGUAUGUUUUCAAAAGAAUAAAAACUUAUUACUCAAGCCACUGGCCUGAAAACAGACAUUUACGCCAACAACAGACCCUGCCUCUUCAACUUAAUCUCUUUUGAGAUAAUGGGAAAAUGUACAUGUUGCUGUACUGUAACACAUGUUACUCAUUUAUAGUACCAAUUUUUUAGUUUUCAUAAACAUGCUGUUUGGGUUUUGUAAAAGUUUAUGUAUGAACUUACUGUAAUUAUUUUAGUCUACCCAUGUUAUUAAUAUUCAUGUUUUAUAUCAGUUAUGUACAUGUAAGCCUUAACUGUUUUAUCAUCCCAUUUCCAUUAACCUAUAUUGUGUUCUGCAGUAUUCAGUUGUGUAAACAUUUUAAUUUGUUUCCUUCCGCAUGGAGUUCCUGAGCUGUAAUCUGUAUGAUACCGUUUAACCCAUUUUCUCUCUGAAAAGAUAUUGCGUAGAUUUAUUUCACUUUUUCCUGUCUUGCAUUGUGGUUUCAUAUACAGUUUUUAGACAACUAAAUAUGCACAGCCAAGACUGAGAAGUUAAACUAAGGUUAUCAAUGUUUAAAAAAGGAAAACAAGCUUUGUAUCUUUACCUUGUUUAAUAAACAGACUGUUAUAAAUUCA